AUGUAUCAUCCUGUCCAUGAUAAUAUCUAUCUAUCUAUCUAUCUAUCUAUCUAUGUUCAUAUUUGUUGGUUUACCAAUUUUCUCUCAGUUUAUUCCGUGCCAUUAUGUUCUUCAUUUCUAUCUCUGAUACCAGUAUUAAUAAAUUUGUUGAUUGAUUUCGUUUCUCCUCGAUUUACUGGAGAUGCAGCGUCAAAGCCAGACGACCAUCCUUUUCUCUUUCAUAUUUCUUUUCUCGUCUGCUUUUUCCAUUAUUUUCUUUUUCCUACUUUUAUCUUCUAUAAUUCUUUCUUUUUUUGUUGUCUUUUUCCCUUUUUUCUCCUCGUUUUUUCUUUAUUUCCUUCUUUCUUUGUCGUAUUUUCCCUUCUUUCUUUCUUUCUUUCUUUCUUUCUUUUUUCUUUCUUUCUUUCUUCUAUUUCAUUCGUUUUUCUUCCCUUUUCCAUUUACUUUGUUCUUUCUUCUCCGCCAUGUUCUUUUAAUUGUUUCCUUUUUUCUUCUUCUAUGCUUCCACGUCCUUUUCUCCUUCACCUUCUGUCGAAGUCUGUUUUUGAUCGUUUUUUUUUUGUCCACUUCCUUCCUUCCUUCCUUCCUUCCUUCCUUCUCUAUUGCUUUUUUUUACUUUCUAGCUCAUUCUUUUGUUAUGUAUUCCUCUUCUUCCCUUUAAUAGUUUUCGCUGUUUCUCUUUAUUUUGUAUAUUUCCUAUUCUUCUUACGCUCUUUCCUUCGUUACUGGCAUAUCUCACCUUUUCGAACCAAUGAGCUAGUAAACACAACCAGUUGCCUUGGGACCAGCCAACCACCGCCACCAUUCGCACGUCGUGUCGCUUGCUGA